CCUCUCUCACUAUAAAUAGUGCCGCAGCCAGUCUGAACUUCUUCUACAAAAUACAGUUUCACAGUACAAAAUACAGUUCUCGACCGGCAAUGGCGAACGGUUACAAUUCCAAUUCCUUCCCGGCGGUGCCGCUCCACCUCUGCUUCUUCCUCCUCAUCCUAUUCUCCUUCGUUGGCGUCACCUGGUACAGCACCUACGAGUCCUUCUUUGAAAGCCUUCUCGACCAGGUCAAGCUAUUCCUAAUGGUGUCGCCGCUCCUUUUGCUCCUCGCGCUCCACUUCCUCUCCUCGAUUGACUCCUGGAGCUCCUUCUUCUUCAUUCCCCUGCCGGAGCAGGACUCCUUCCACCGCGCCGGCGGAACGCCCUGGGGAGUUGGACUGGUCUUAGUCCUGCUCUUCUUCAUGAUCUCUUACCAGUCCGAUUUCCGAGAGUGGUGGUUUCCUCUGCUCAGUUGACGAUCCGAUUCGACGAUCUGCGCCUUCGAUUGUGGAAUAUAGUUUUAGAUGUUCCUGUUGGAUCCGGUAUGUGUAGUGUGUAUAUCGCAACUUUUGGUGCUUAAUUAAUCUCACUUUUGUUGUAGAUCUUCUUCUUCUUUGAAUUUGUUUUUGGUUUGGUUCUGCUCUGCUAUAUGCUGAUGAGAAGAAUUGAGGCCAUAGCUAUCACUGAACUUCCGAAUCACUCUGUUUCAUAGCUUAUGAUUCUGUGCAUAUUUCAUACUGAAUGUACAUGUUUCACUUGGUUAAUUACUUUGCAUAUUUGUUUGGAGGCUUCAAUUCCGCCACAAGUCAUGUCAAUUCAAUCGACUAUUUGUUUCAUA